UCCCAAGAUGGCCGCCCUCAUUGUACAACGCUGCAAUACAGCUGCACGUGCCGUGUGCAAGUUAUAUGUGGCCUCUUCUAAUGCCUCUACCCAUACAACCCUCCUGGCGCGCACCAUCACCACCACCAGCCGGCUGCAAAUUCAAAACAACACCACCAACCACAGCAAAGGCAAACAGCUGUCCUCGUCGGACGUGAAGAAAAUUCCGGAUAGCGAGGUACGCAAGUCGGUGUUCAUCUCGCAAUCCAACGAUGUCUACUCCAAUCUCGCCCUGGAGGAUUGGAUCUAUCGCAACUUUGAUUUCGCCCACCAUCACAUCCUGAUGCUGUGGAUCAACACGCCGACGGUGGUCGUCGGGCGCCACCAGAACCCGUUUGCCGAGGCGAACGUAUCCGGCCUGAUGCGUAACGGGGUGGAACUGGCUCGCCGGAACAGCGGCGGUGGCGCGGUGUACCACGAUCUGGGCAACCUGAAUUGUACCUUCUUUACGCCGAGGGCUCGCUACGAUCGGAAGUACAAUCUGAAUCUGAUCACCCGGGCGCUGUAUCGGGAGUACGGUAUCAGUGCGGACAUCUCCGACCGGGACGACAUUACCGUGAUGGGCAAGAAGAUCUCCGGCACCGCCGCCAAGCUCGGUCAGCCCAAUGCUUAUCACCAUUGCACCCUGUUGGUCAACUCGAACAAACUGCAUCUGGGCGAAUCGCUGGCCAAAGACAAUGCCGAAGUUAUCAGCAAGGCCACCGCAUCCGUGCCAUCGCCAAUCAAAAAUUUGACCGACGUGAACCGCACAGUCAACAUCCAACAGCUCUUAUCGGCCAUCGGAUAUGAAUUCCUGCGGACGCCGGCCACCCAACUGACGGACGGUGGACGUGACCUGCUGAUGAAGCAGCUUGGCUUCCAGUUGAUCAAUCCCACCGAAAAGUGGUUCCCCGGUAUCAGCGAGUUGCGCGAAAACUUCGCCUCGUGGGACUGGCGCAUCGGCAAGACGCCCAAGUUCUCGGUGCAGAAGGCCAUCCAGCUCAAGUCGGAAAGCGGUGAACAACAGCAGCAGCAACCGCAACAGGAGAUGAAGGUCAAGGUGGAUGUGGAGAAGGGUCUUAUCCAGGAAAUCAGCCUCCUGGUUCCGGGACAGGAACCGAUUCCGGUGGUCUCGAGUCUUGUCGGCAAGCCGUACCUGGAAGACUGCUUCCACGGCAUUCUGGACGCGAUGAAGGGGGCCAGCACCGAGAACAUGAAGCAUGCCAUGGGUUUGUGAGAUCUGGACAAGGAUGAAUGAGAGUGCCACGUGCGCAACGCCUCCUUCGAUGCAGUAACCUUCCCCGUAUGGUUAAGUAGGUAGUUUUUUUUAAAUCCCACGCGUGUGGGCAAGUGCAAUGAUUCAUCGAAUGCCACCGGAUUACGUUUUGCACAAAGCCUGCCGGGGUCGAUCGUCGAGAAUCGCGAAAUGGCCUUCGAAGGGUUAAAGCGGGGUGGCCAUUUGAAAUGUAGAUUAGGGAACCGCUUGUAGAAAUCGUCGAGGGGCGCGAGCGCAUUCUGAUUUCCACGUCGUCGUGGCGGCUAGUGGCACUCGGUCAUUCUUUCCGCAACCAUCGAGGUUUUGUUCCACAUUUAUAUUUUUGUUUUAUCGAACUUGAUUCCCUCAUUGUUCCGAGGCAAAUAAACAACAACUGUCGAAACAAAUCGAAGGCGAACAAGCCAAGUGCUAAUCAUUUUGGGAGUUCUGUUGAACCGCGAAGUCCAAAUUAAUGCAAAACAUUUUCGAAUUCUAAUUUGGAGCGGAAAUUGGAAGCAAAAAAGUAAAAGACUGAAGACAAAAUUAUUUUAAAUAAAUUUGAACUGGACACAUGUGAGUGAUUUUCCCUAAAAUAGUUAUGGAAAGUAGUGGCGACAAUGAGGAAGUGGCGGCUUCGCCAACGGCAACAAGUUUUAUUCGAUUAUUUGGGAGGUGUCAGUCAUACGGAAUGAUACAGAAAUCUGUAAAAUAUGCCACAAGUGGCACGCCCUUUUGUACAUACUUAUUUUUGUAUUCUUUGACGUUUAGCUACACGGGCGAUACAAGAUUCUAUUGGCUGAAUUCGUGUAGCGAAGACAAUGGUAGUUUGAACUUUUUUUCCAACUCGCAUCCAUUGCACUUGGCAGUUUAUAACAAAUUAUUUUUUCUCGUCAUCGGAUGACAAAAAACUAAUCCAAAAUCAAAAUCAAACGUUACCGUCUUCUUCCACCUUACCUUCCUCAAGAAGCAUGAAAAUUUAACAAAACACUUGGGUGGUUGAUGUUGACGAUCAACGAAAACACACUGGACAAAAAUAAACAGCAUGAUGGUGACACAAAACACAUUUUGUUGAAAACACUCAAGUGUGGAUAAAAUACACACAACGAGAAACACAUACAGAAUGAGUUGAUUGUAACUCGCUUGCUCUGGAUAAACCUGGAGUAACUUCCAUCCAUUCAAUUCCGAAUAAAACUGAAAUUAGAAAAGUUGUUGCCGAAGUCACCGUUUCCUUCAACAAUGCAGACAAUAAUAUUCAAGCAAUUAUCGAUAGUGCUUGUCGUCACAUAUCGCACAAAGCUCAAAAUCCGUAUCAAAACGUUGGAAGCCUUGCUUUCAAAAACUGUUGACGUGUAGCAUUCGCGUAAAAUAAGAGUUCAAGGCAAUUAGUUCAUUAGGACCAAACAUAAAAUUCAUUUAAUUGUGAUAAACGUACCACAGAAUUGUCUAACCGGAAUCUUGUAACUGCAUAACUGACUUACCCGGCAGUUAUGCAAUUAUGAAACAAAUGUUAGUCAGCUAGAAUUGGAUCAAAACACAUUGGAUUAUUUUAUUUAACCUUUACUUUAGAAGCAUGAUUAUAUCUGUUAAGGACAUCAAGGCGAAACAAAAUUGAUCGAAACAAGUUGGGAGUCGUCACCUUUUCAAUUCUUAGUCGUUUAGUUGUAUUCGCUCGAUUAGCCUUAGUUCUUUCUUACAUUAGAAACAGUGGGAUGUGUAUUUUGUUCAUUUCAGACUUUAAACAGGAUAAUUAACCACUAGUAGCUAGAUUAGAGGUGCCGUGCCGUUAUCAAACGACGCUUUAUAUUCAUUUUCCCACGAUUUUUUCAUUCGCCGUUUUUUUCUCGAGAACGGUAAUGGCCACAAUAAGGGAAAUUUAUCAAGAAUACAAACCAUAUCAUUUUAAUUUUUUAAGGUUGGGUUUCUCCGAUGAACGCUUUGAUUUUUGUUUAGUUCGGAUUAUAUUGCUAUUAUUAACACACAUUGCUAAAUGAGUCUUAGUUUACAUAUGUUGAUCCAUCUGAAUCUGAGCUCUGUAGGAAACUGUGUUGCCAAUUUGCGUACUAAUUGGCACAACAUCUCAUGCUUGAUGAGACAUCACCAGGAACAUCACUUACAAAAAAAAAACUAAAAAGUAGACGUGAAAUUGUUAAAUUAGGAAUGGUUGCAAAAUUAGGAUAGAUACGAAUAAAAAUAUACUAACGGAUACGAAAGUAGAAGUUGAAAAUUGACAAUACUGUACCUUGUGCAAAUAGAAUGUAAUGAUGAAAGAACGACAAUGAUAAAAUGUCAAAAAUGUUUAAAAAAAUA